UGUUUUUUUGUGGGAGGUGGUUUUCAGCUGCACAGGUCCUGUUCUGAAAUUUCGGCGGAGUCAGACUGAGAUUUGAGGACACCCGAAGCAGAGCAGUGAAGAUCAAACUAGUUAGCAGCGACUGUGACUGAAGCUAUUCUACCUACCUCCAGAGACCCCGCCCCCCCCUGCAGUCGCCAUGAGAACCACCUGCCUCUUCCUGCUCUCUUUGCCAGCCCUGCUCCUAGCUCAGCAGUACGAUGUGGGUGAAGAAGACUUCUACCCAAGCCCAUCGCAGUACGGACCGUAUAUUCCACUGGCGGAAGAGUAUGACUAUUCAGAGCAAAGCCAAACAGAACUGGAGACACAGCAGAGCCAGCUGACCCCCCAGGAGCAGCAGCACACCUUCCCCAUCGUGGAUGACCUGCCUGAGACAGAACCGACUGAGCCAGGACCCCUGGAUUGUAGGGAGGAGCAGUACCCUUGCACUCGACUGUACUCUGUCCACAAGCCCUGCCAACAGUGCCUCAAGAGUCUCUGCUUCUACAGCCUGCGAAGAGUCUACGUGGUGAACAAGGAGGUGUGUGUGCGCACGGUCUGCGCUCACGAUGAGCUGCUCCGAGCUGACCUGUGUCGUGAUCAGUACUCUAAGUGUGGAGUGAUGGCUCACACCGGCCUGUGCGGGACCAUGGGGACCUCUUGUGCUAAAAGCUGCGGGGGCUGCUAGACCAGAACAUCAACCUCCGCCCACUUUACCAAGACCACGCCCUAACCCGUCAACCCCUCCCACACCUAUGAAACCCAAACCCUCAUCCACCUGUAACUCCACCCA